CCGCGGGCCAACUGCGACCCGCGAUCCAUUUUUAAUUGGCCCGCAAGUAAUUUUACAAAUAGAAUCGAAUAUGGCCCGCACUUCAACUUUUGCUUGAGUGUAUUGCACUUCUUAGUUUUAACACCAGGGGGAGCUACUGUCGAUCAAGGCAGUUGCUCCACCAAAAAGGACAAUCACAGAAGAAAUUUAGCCCAAGUUACUAAACAUGGCAGAACCAAAGAAGCGAAAGGAAAAUUUCAGACAUGGUGGGAGAGUGAAUAUUUCUUCAAAGAAUUCAAGGGGAAGUGUGUCUGUUUGAUCUGCACUGAAAUUAUGGCAGUUAUGAAAGAGUAUAAUGACCAACGUCAUUAUGAAACCAAACAUCAGGCCUAUGCAUCCUACACUGGUGCUGAGCGAGAGCAGAAAUUAAAGCAAAGGGUAGCUCUCCUGUGGGGUCAGCAACAGUAAUUUUUUCGUGCUCAAAAGGUCCAGGAAAAGGCUACAAUAGCCAGCUAUGAGGUCGCCCAACUCAUCGCAAGACAUGGCAAGCCUUUUUCAGAUGGAGACCUCAUAAAACACGGCCUCGUUAAAGUCACCGAAAUAAUGCGCUCGUCAACAACGUCAGCAUGUCCACACCAACAUUGGUCUACGGCGUAGACCAAUGUUGGUGUUUGUUGCCAUGUUAAUACCAACUUUGUAUUACACACCGUUUGUUUGAGACUUGAUGGUGGAUCCUUCUUUUAUAUUUGCACCUCUUGAAGCAGUGUAGUCGUCUCGAUGUAGCUGAAACAAUUUAAGCACUACGUUUAUUUUGAGGCCUCUGAGUGGUUGGUGUUAUUUGGAGCAUCAUUUUGUUAGAGCACAACAAAACUGCUAUUUUAUCGUUUCGAUAUGUGUGAUGUAAAAGGUCAAAGUCAACUCAAGUGUCAACGUUGAUAUUUUCCCUUGUGAAUUAAAUAUUAACAGCUACCAGAAGUAUUUACAGAAUUCUUUCAAAGGCAGAGCAGUCACAGUCAAGCUGUCAGGACUCCGCAGAUGUGUGUAUGUGUGAAAUCAUCAAAUUCAAACCAAUCCGUCUCUUCACGCCCUGCUGCUUUUUACACAAUAUGAAGUAACGGCUCUCCCAGCAGCUCCCUGAGUCACAGUAAGAAUUACAAACACACGCAUACACACAAAUACAUGCACACAUGGUUAUCGCCCUUCCUUUUCUUCUCCACACAGUGGCAGGAAGUUGUCCAGAUAUCCGCAGGGCCCUCUGAAAAAAGAGCGAGUGAACAAAGUGGGCUGGGUGGUGGAGUUGGAAGGUGUCGGUGGCAGCGGUGAUGGGGAUUUGGUGACUUCACUCACAGUUAACUAUUCAUUCUGAGCAGCUACGGAAGAGCUACAGCGUCGUUUCAGUACGUGAAAUAGAGAGUCUCAUCUGAGCUUUGGCACAUCAGAAGCAGUUUGUAGUGGAGUAAUACCGCACAGCUGGACUGGAGGACGGCUUUUUGAGAAGAAGGGGCCAGCACCUGGUGACCGGGACGGCCUGAAGAUGAUAGCUCUGAGGACGUUUGUUCUUCUGGCACUGAGCUUGACAUGUCAAGCUGCAUCUGGUGAUCCAUGGGGCCACUGCCCAGUGAACCGAAAAUGUAAGGAAAAGUUCGCAGAUGGGUCGUGUAACAGAGAGUGCACGGACCCCGAGUGUCUUAGAGACGGCUUUGACUGCCUGAAGGACAGGGUUCCCUGCAACCCGGGCCACAUUCACUACUGCCGUGAUCAUUUUGCCAACUCCCUCUGUGAUCAGGGGUGUGAUAGCGCGGCCUGUGGAUGGGACAGCAGCGAAUGCUUCAAACACCAGAGCCCCCUGUGGGCUAAAGGCACCCUGAUCCUACACACUCGAAUCCCACAUCAACGUGGCAACUCGUUCAACAGCUCCGUGCUCUGGGCACUCAGCGUCCUCCUCCUGUCACCGCUCAAGCUGAGAGACUCUGUGCCCCUCGCCACCACCAGGAAUUUGUUCGACUUUAAUGCUCAGGAGCUUGCUAACAUGCUGGCACAGGCGUCACCAGCAGACUCAGAUGGCUCCCUCCUUUUCCUCCAAGUGGACAACAGGCCAUGCUCCCGUUCACCCUCUACCUGUUUCCCUUAUGCAACCGAGGCCGCAAAUUUCCUGCGUGCUGUAAAGGAACUAAAACCUACCUCUUUCCCCAACCUCUCAGAGCUGGAUGCCGUCAUCAGCAUUAGAGGUGUCCGAGAGGAAAUAGGAAGCAGAGAGGAGGAAAAGGAAGUUGAAGAGCCGACUCCCGCGUGGCUUUGGGCCGUAAUUGCCAUAGCUAUUGGGCUUCUGCUGCUGCUGCCUCUCGUGGUAAUCCUGGUGGUGAGGAGGGUGAGGCAGCAGCGGGCAAAGAGGAACAGUACUGACAGGGUGCAGCACCGGUCUAAAGUCAGCGACAGUGACAGCAAAGCCAAGGCCUGGAUACAGCAUGCUACACACCAAGAACAACGGGUCAGAACCAGCAGAGAGAAAGAUAAGAUCAGCUUGAAGAAAAAGAAAAAGGCCAAGGAAGCAGAAAAAAAGAGAAGGAGGGAACCGCUAGGGGAGGAUGCCAUGCGAAUGCGGCCUCUUAAGAGGGACCAGGAUAUAGGAAGCGACACAGACUUUACCCAGAGUUCAAUGGAGGACCUCAGUGUGAGAUGCUCCAGACGUCAGGACGAUGCCUCCAUCUGUGACCACAGGACCCAGGAGCAGAAACACUACCGUGCUGGAGCCGCUCAGCCCCGCAGAGCUAUACAGUCUCCACCUAGAGGUUGGGAGAGGAAUGCCAUGCCUCCUCCUCUGCUCAGUCCUCCUCAGCAGUCUGCAGAGUGGUGCGGCCCAGAUGGGUCUGUGGUUCUGAUCCGAGCAGUGCGUAGUGGGCUGGACAGAGUGGUCUUGGAGCUUCUGCGAGCAGGAGUGCCAGUCAACAAUACAGAUCAUACUGGGAGAUCAGCCCUGCACUGGGCAUGCUCAGUAAACCACCUCUCACUAGCAAGGACCCUCAUUCGCUACGGUGCUGCUGUGGACCUACAAGACAAUAAGGGCGAAACAGCACUCUUCCUCUCUGCCCUCCAUGGCUGCUAUGACACUGCCAGACUUCUUCUUCUUCAUGGUGCCAAUCUUGAGCUGCACGACCGGAGGGGACGCCGGCCAAUUGACGUGGCCAGAGAGGGAAUGCGUCACCAAGUGCUGGAACUCCUGUUGGCUCAUGAGAUCCAGAGAGGACCCAUCCCUGUGGACACGGGAAGCGACAUGAUGUGGGAGGAGCGCACUCUGAUGUACUCACCGUGGGUGGGCUCACAAGGCCUGCCUGGAAGAAGUGCCUCCUUCUCUGGUAUCAUAGGGCAUCGGGAUAUGACCCCACCAGUACAAAAUGAUUGGUCCAUGGGCCGAGUGCAGUACCCUCCUCCUCAGAACUGGCGACCCCAGCUCAACCAGUCAGCAACAGCUCUCGUUCCUCCACGGGUCAUGGGCCGCUCCCCUCGGCCAAUCAGCACCUUACAAGAGGUAACAUCAGAAGACGAGGACCGUGACAGGCAUCAGGAAGUCCCCAGAGCUGCCACGCCUUACUUCCUGUCCCCCCAGCCUGCCCCUCGGCAGCGUUCCUUUUCCUGCACCCAGCACGCACUGCAGCGCCGCUCUAGCGCCCACCAGCCAGAACCCAAUUACCUUAUAGUGUCAGACAGAGCACCCAAUGAGCCCGUAGAGAGAGUAGUUGUUUCCCCUCCCACCGAUGCUGCCACCCCACCAGAACACCAGCCAGCUGCAAAUGGAGACAGUGUUAUUAGAGUAGAGCAAGCAGCACGGAGUUCAACAAACUCGGAGCAGAAGUCCAGAAGUGAGAGGUUAAACAACAUGACUGACUCCACACAAACAGCCCUGUAGGAAAGGAGAGGAAAUUCAGCCUCCUUUAGAGACACCCAGUUUUAGUUUGUCAUUCGGUGCAAAGCCCUAAGCUGGACUUUAAUUGUUUGUAUCCAGUGUUUCUUUGCUUCUUAAGUGGAUUGGUGUCAGACUAAUACACAACAGCAUAGAGAGAUAUUCCUUCCCUUAUUACCUCUUUUUUAAUUAUUUUUUUUAAAAUCAGCCUCGUGUAAAUAAUUGUUUUCUUGUUUUGUUAAGAUUGAGGGAUACUGUUGUAAAUGUUCUCUUAUAUGGCAUGUUCAGAUUUUGUAAAUAAUAAAGUUGAACGUCUAAGAUGAAUUCUACUCAAACAUGCAACAGCUGGUAUUCAUUGAAGAAAUGUUCAAGGAAAAAUAAAUGAAUAACACAUGCGUAGCUGCGCAGAGAUGUCAGGGAUGCAUGCAAUAAAGUGACUUUUUGUUGA